AAAUAUUGCAACAAUUCCUCUUAAUGAGCAAAGCGGAUUGUCAUCACCAGGCUUCGAAAAAUCAACCACGAAAGAAGAAUCAUCCUCCACCAAGACAAUACAAGCUCGCACACAGCCCAAAAAACAAGGCAAUAUUUAACGGAAGAAAUCGUGGAAUUAUUGGCCCAUCUUCCAUAUCGUCCUAACGAUUUCUUUACUUUCCCGAAAAUUAAAAGCAGACUGCGUGGUCAAAGGUUCCAGUCACCAGAAGAAGCAGUUGACGCAUUCAAAAGUGCCGUUUUGGAUCUACCAUCAAACUAGUGGAAUAAGUGCUUCUAAAAUUUAUUAGAGUGCAUGCAGA